GUUUUCUCUUGGAUACCUGUUCUUAUAAUAACCUGCGUGGUGUUGUGGUCAUACUACGCCUACGUAUUUGAGCUAUGUCUUUCUAGCUACAACCUUUCAGUCUGGCUCGUCGUGUUAGCCGUUAGAUGUUGUGCCUCUUUUGAUAAAUUACACUCACCAACACACUGGAACAAGUGGCCUAUCUAUUGGUCUUUCAUGUUUGUUUUGUGAUGUUCUCCUGGACCUAUUGGAAGUCCAUAUUUACCCCUCCUGCAUCACCAUGCAAAAAGUUCCAGCUGUCAUACUCAGACAAGCAGAGAUACGAGAUGGAAGAGAGGCCAGAUGCUCAGAAACAAAUCCUGGUUGAGAUUGCAAAGAAACUGCCCAUCUUUAGUCAAGCUCAAUCUGGAGCUACCAGGUUCUGCGACCGCUGCCAGGUAUUGAAGCCUGACCGCUGUCACCACUGCUCGGUUUGUGAAACGUGUGUCUUGAAGAUGGACCACCACUGUCCCUGGGUGAACAACUGUAUCGGCUUUGCCAACUACAAGUUUUUCCUGCUUUUCCUCUCCUACUCAAUGCUGUACUGUGUAUUCAUUGCAGCUACAGUCUUUCAGUAUUUUCUCAAAUUCUGGGUGGGUGACUUGCCGAAUGGGCCCGCGAAGUUCCACAUCCUCUUCCUUAUGUUUGUGGCCCUCAUGUUUUUCGUCAGUCUCAUGUUCCUCUUUGGCUACCACUGUUGGUUGGUUGCCAAGAACCGAUCCACUUUAGAGGCCUUCUCAGCUCCAGUUUUUAUCAAUGGACCAGACCGAAAUGGCUUUAAUGUCGGCACACGCAGAAACCUGCAGCAGGUAUUUGGAGAGGAUCGGAGGUUGUGGUUCAUUCCUGUUUUCACAAGCCAAGGGAAUGGCCACUACUUCCCCUUGAAGAAUCGUAGUUCUGAGUCCCACAACCCCUUAUUAGCCAAUGAGGACAUGUGGGAGGAGUCGGACGAUGGCUCUGAGGAUGGAAGCUUGGCUGAGAACCAAGACCCCUCUGUUACAAUAGAGAUGGAAGAAUAGUUACUUCAUUUAAGGACAACAGACACUCAUACAGAGGACAUGGAUUAACACAACACACAUAGGCAAAAGCAUUCCAAAUCAUAUGGAUGUUCAUUGCCAAACUUGUGGAUUUAAAAUCUGCAAUUGGAUUGUCGUAUGUAUGUGUGUGUGUGUGUAUACAUAUAUAUACACACACACACACACACACACACACACACACACACACACACAUACAUACAUACAUAAAACAAUCCAGUUGCAGGUUUUUCAUACUUUAUAUUCCUCUGGUUGUUCAUCUCAAGGCUCCGGCCUCUGUGAUAUUAUAUAUUACUGUUAAUUGGGACGCUUUGAUCUGGCACUGUACAACUUGAUAUGCCUCUGUUUCAUUGUUGGGCUGUGAGUUUACAGUGUUGCACUUUCAACCCACUAUCUCUGAAGAGUGGUGUCUCUAAAUUGACGCACGUAGUGCUCCAGAGAUCUCUUGUAGUGAUUCAGCUUUCUUGACUCUUCGAGGGUCUCUAACCAUUUUAACAUAGGACCUUACUUUUUUCAACGACCAUAAGUAUAUUGUAAUACCUAAUUUAACCACCGCCUUAUUAAUAUAUUUAUUCUUGUCUUUUGUGAGUCCAUUUCUCCUGAGAAUGUAUGCAGCGCCCUGCUUGCGAAUAGAUGGUGCCAACAUUCUGGGCACUUAUUAAGGCAGGAACUCUUAUAUUUUAGCAUUAAUAUUGAGACCAAAUGCUAUUAUCUAUGUCUGAUCAGUCCGGUGACAGUAAUAAAAACAGAACCAGCAUAUAUUUGUAGCUCUGGUUCACAGCUACACUUCACUAUGUUUAAAAAUGAAUUACUCAACAAGAGUAUUACAGCAAAAUUAAAGGUAUACUAUGCAGGAAUUUCCUUGAAUACUAUAGACUCAUUAAAAGUAAUCCCUUUAAGCAUAAUUUAUGAUGACCAUAUUAUUAUAUUGGAAGUGUGUGGCCAUGUCUGUAUCUGCAGAGACCCUGCUUUCUACCUGUAAUUUAUUAAAUAUUGCUUAUUAAAAUGAAUGCAGUGAAAAGUUAGAUUUUACUGUCUGGGAUGAGCAUACAUGAAAAACUGUGAUAUACAUUUAACCCUUGUGUUGCCUUCGGGUCAUUUUGACCCGAUUCAAUAUUUAACCCUCCUGUCGCCUUCGGGUCAAUUUGACCCGAUUCAAUGUUUAAUGUCGGUGUUCUUUCGGGAGUCAACAAACAAACAUAAAGUACCUCACACUUAAACUUGGAAAACAAUAUUAAUUCUAAUAAUUUUCUGGAGAUUUUAAUAGCUGGGGUCAUAUUGACCUCAAGGGUAAAAUAUGUUAGUAAAUAUAAAGGUAACAGGAGGGUUAAACAUUGAAUCGGGUCAUAUUGACCCGAAGGCGACAGGAGGGUGAAACAUUGAAUAUCAUAUCAGGCAUCCCAAAAAUGGUAACACUUUGAUGCAAAGUGAAAUUAGCUUUUAUCAUAAGGGCACACCUUAGAUGUGUGUGUGUGUAUGUAUAUAUAUAAAUAUAUAUGUGUGUCUGUGUAUAUAUAUAUAUAAAUGUGUGCAUAUCUGUGUGUGCGUGUAUAUGUGUGUGUGACAUUUUUUAUAUCAAUGAAAUGGUUGUUUGCACUUUUUAUUUAGCCAGUGUACUUUUGUUCAUAACGAUGUCUUGAAUGGAGUACAUAUAUUUAUUUUGUAUCAGUAAACAGUUAGGUCUUUUAACAAACCGUAAUGCUGUUUGAUCAUGAAAUUAACUUUCAUCAGAUCAGUUUUUCUACUGUUGGGAAAGCCAAAAGAAAUGUUGCUCAAUCUGAGAAAUACAUACUUAUUGUUUAAUUCAAAGUGUUGCUUUUAUCUGAGGUAUGAUUCAUUGUUUGAAAGCAUGUAUAAAACAUUAGGAAAGAUGUGGAUGUCGAGUGUUUCAUGUAAUCUUGCGUCUAUUUAUUGUUCUUCAGCUUUUUUCCCCUGCGUAUUGAGUUUACUGAUUCAUUAUGGUGUCUGUAUAUUUUGUUCCAUCAAGUGAUACUUAAAAUAAACGGUUGAAGCAAUGUGCUUUUAUCAAAUAAUAGGUUAUUUAUAACAUGAGAAGAUGACUAAUUAUACUCAAUUUGCAGAUUGGAGUUCAACAUUGCGAGAGCACAGUAUGGUCCCUUUUGAAUAGUCUUUGGGGUAUGUGAUUGAGGCGCAUCCCUUUUUCAAAACUUUCUGAACCAUCAAAAGUAUUGAUACAGUUUCUGUCUUUUAACAAAUAUAAAUUCUUUAUUUUCCACCAGUUGUAACAUGCAAAUAAAAUGAUCCAAGUUGAACUCUU